CCCACUUCGCCUUCCUCUAUCUCACUUAUCCACGCUACCUUAGCCUUUGGCUCUUGGGUAUCUCUCAUCUUAUUCUUUUGCGGUCGACCACGUUUCUUGCCUGUAGUAGCUUCCCUGGCCUUCUUGGCAGCCUUCUUUGCCUCUUUCUUCACAUGCUUUUUCCGUGCCUCCUUAAGGUCCUCCCAUGUCAUCACCCUUGCCUUCCCUAGUAUUGUUGACUUUGUUGCUUAGCGAGUUUUACUUUUAUUGUUUAUUUUAGUCAGGAAUCUAUUCUGAUCGCGAAGAAGGGCAUUUUUGGCAAGAAAUGUCUGGGCGGUAUGGGAGACUUUACGUUGGAGCCUAUCUCUACGUUGGAUGCUUGCUUUGUCAUUGGGCCCUUUGGGCGUUGGCAAUGCAUUGUAUCUAGGCUGCAUUGUUGUAGCAUUACUUAUUGGAAUUGUUAGCUUGACGGGAGGUGGAGGUGGUUUGGGUAUAUUAGCGAGAACUUUGUUAGGGUUGAAUGGGAAUAAACCGCUUCCCCUUCAUCCUGCUAGGAUAUUCAUCUUGCGGUCUAAAUACAGCAACAUCACAAGGCUGGAGCUUGUGAGAGGUAUAAGAGGGCAUAUGGUAGAGAUAUUCGUGGUUUCCCACGAGCCUGCUCUCUGGUUUGGGGAUUAA